AUGCCCUUUACGGAGGUGUAUGGCGUGGAGCAGUUCCGUGAAAUCGCGAACGAGCCCACUCUCACCGUCGUGUGCUUUAGCGCGGUGUGGUGCGGUCCAUGCAAGACCAUCGAGAAGGAUCUGGACAGGCUCACUUACGAGUUUUCGAAUGUGCGCUUUGCGAAGGUGGACGCAGACAACAACACGGAAAUCGUAACCAAGUGCCGAGUGAUGCAGCUGCCGACCUUCAUGCUGGUGAAGGCGGGGCAGAUGCUCGGGUAUGUCAUCGGGGCAGACUUAGCGCAGCUCAAGGCAAGGAUACGAGAAGAGGCGAACAAGUCGUGA